AUGGCCAAAAAGGCGGACAAGGCCAAGAAGGCCGAGAAAAAGGCCCGCACCGCGGCGAAGCAGGAGAAAAAGGCCGGCAAGAAAGAGUCCAAGAACCAAAAGCGCGCCAAGGACGGCGAUGACAGCGACGCCGACGACGUCGACAUCGACGCCGUGCUCGCCGAAUACGCCCGCCAGCAGGAGCAGUUCCUCAAGGUCACCGAGGCCGUCGUGGAUCCGCCGUCCGCCCGCGCCUCGGCCACGCUGAUCGGCUCGCCCACCAACGACAACGAGCUGUUCCUCUUCGGCGGCGAGUACUUCAACGGCGCCCUCGCCCACUUCUACAACGACCUCUUCGUCUACAACAUCCACCGCGACGAAUGGCGCCGCGUCACCUCGCCCAACACGCCCCUCCCGCGCUCCGGCCACGCCUGGACCCGCGGCGGCAACGACAAGGCCAUCUACCUCUUCGGCGGCGAGUUCUCCUCCCCCAAGCAAGGCACCUUCUACCACUACAACGACCUCUGGCGCCUGGAGCCCUCCUCGCGCGAGUGGAUGCGCCUGGAAUCCAAGGGCAAGGGCCCCCCCGCCCGCAGUGGCCACCGCAUGACCUACUUCAAGAACUACAUCAUCCUCUUCGGCGGCUUCCAGGACACGUCGCAGCAGACGCGCUACCUCAACGACGUCUGGAUCUACGACACGGCCACCUACGCCUGGCACGAGCCCAAGCUGCCGUCCGUCGGCCAGCGCCCCGACCCGCGCUCGUCCUUCUCCUUCCUCCCCAGCGACGCCGGCGCCGUGCUGUACGGCGGCUACUCGCGCGUCAAGCAGGCCGCGAAAGGCGGCGGCAGCGGCAAAGGCGGGCCCGCGUCGCGCAACGUCCUCAAGCCCGUCGUGCACCAGGACACGUGGUUCCUGCGCAUCGUGCCGCCGGCGGCCGACGCCAGCGCCUCGCUGCCCAAGGUGCACUGGGAGCGCCGCAAGAAGGCAGCGAACCCGCCCAAUCCGCCGCGCGCGGGCGCGACCAUGGCGUUCCACAAGGGGCGCGGCAUCCUGUUUGGCGGCGUGCACGACGUCGAGGAGAGCGAGGAGGGGAUCGACAGCGAGUUUUUCAACCAGCUGUUCGCGUGGAACAUCGACCGCAACCGCUACUUCCCGCUCGCGCUGCGCAAGCCGCGCGCGCAGGGGAAGAAGCAGGGGAAUGCGGGCGGCGAUCGCGGCGGGGGGAGGAGGGGCCGCGGCAAGGCGGAUGAGGAGGAGCUGUUGCGGAACUUGAAGGCGCUGGAGAUGAGGGGGACGCUGGCGGGGGCGGACGAUGAUGGCGACGACGGUGCCGAGCUCCCUGCGCGGCUGGAUGGCGCGGCGAGGGAAGACGACGAGGAUGAGAAGCCGGACCGCGCGCCGAAGCCGGUGCAGUUCGAGAUGCCGCACCCGCGGUUCAACGCCGCGCUCGCGGUGCAGGACGACGUGCUGUAUGUGUUUGGCGGCACGUUCGAGAAGGCGGACCGCGAGUUCACCUUCGACGAGAUGUGGGCGAUUGACCUGGGCAAGCUGGAGGGCGUCAAGGAAAUAUUCCGCCGCGAGCUGGAAGACUGGCAGGGCGAGGAGAGCGAAGACGAGGAUGAGGACGAGGAGGACGAGGAGGAUGAGGACGAGGAGGAUGAGGGGAGCGAUGACGACGACGUCGCCAGCACCGCUGCUACGUCCGUCUCAGCGGCCCCGUCGGCCAAGGAUGCGGAGGAGAACGCUACCGCGGAGGAGAAGCACAAGUCGGCGUCUGCACUGACGGAAGAUGGCCUACCGCACCCGCGGCCUUUCGAGACGCUGCGCGAUUUCUACGCGCGCUCGACGAACGACUGGCAGAACGUCAUUAUUGACGAGCUUUCGCGGAAAUACGGUGGUGAGGCGAAGCUGCCCAAGGAGAUCAAGACUAUGGCGUUUGAGCGUGCCGAGGAGAAGUGGUGGGACUGCCGCGAGGAGAUUCGCGCGUUGGAGGACGAACAGGAGCAGGCGGGUAUCAGUGAGGUGGUCAGCUUGGCCGAGAGGGGCGAUGCAGCUACUGGUGGAGCGGGAAGGAGGAGGUAA